AUGAAAGAUGGUCAACCGAGCACGUCUGUUUCUGUUGAUGCUGAUGAAGAACAGCAGAGCAACACCAGGAAAAGUGUCGAUAUGGGGUCGACCAUUGCAUCUGUAUCUCAAGAUUCAUCUUUCAAAGAUGCCAAGAACAUUGCUGUGACUCAUGAUACAGAAAUAGAAGCUACUGGAGCACCUGUUCCAAACGGUUUCAAUCCAUCCCUAGAGAAUAAUGCCAACAAAGAUGCGGAUAAGGAUUCUUAUCUCGAGGAUUUGUUGAUGAUUUUUGGUUCAAAAUGUACUACUAAUGCAUCAGAAAAACCAUCGUCUCUUAAUACCGUUGUUCGUGUGGAAGAGUCCAAUAUAAAGACUUCUGAUGGUGAUCAAUCUACACUGCAACCUGAUCAGGUGCCUUCUGAGCAAACUUUGAAAAGCCAAACUGCAGUUUCUGCAUCCGGUCAAACGAACAACAAGGGUAAUAUCAAAGAGGGAGUGGGAACUAGUAUUUUCGACGUCAAUCUUACCAAACCAGAAUCAACAAAAACCACGGAAGGAGGAGUCGGAAACUUGCCUGAAGAUUCUCACAUGCCAAAGGCUGUCUCCGUUCACAAGAACGGAAACUCAGAUAAUAAUUCAGCUUCAAGUCAAGUUCCUUUUGCUAAUACUGCUGACAACGCGCACCAACAACACCUUGAAUCCCAAAAUAUGGCUAAUGGACAAAGUCAUUUUGCUGAUGGAGAGGCAAGUUUUUCUGCAGCAAGAGGUCCUAUAUCAGGUUCCAUCACUUACUCAGGGCCUAUAUCUUACUCCGGCAGCGUAUCUCUUCGAUCCGAAAGCAGCACAACCAGCACCAGAUCCUUUGCCUUCCCAGUCUUACAAAAUGAAUGGAAUAGCAGUCCAGUAAGAAUGGCGAAAGCGGAACGGAGGCGUUUAAGUAAACAAAAAGGUUGGAAACAAGGCAUUCUGUGUUGUAGAUUCUAAAUUGUUGUUCUUAGUUAAAGAAUAUACAUAACAAGACCUUAAAUCUUGAAUCUUUUGAGUAUUGUAAGUAUGCAUACAUGUUGAUAUUCAUUAUUCUCUUAGGGGUGGCAUGUUGUAGGGGAAAUUACACAUUUGGUCGCGUGGCCAAAAAUAUUUACAUCCGCUAGCCAAUAUACAUAUAUAUACUAUGUGUAUAUUAUUUAUCUAUCGGCUAUUAUUUGGAUGGGUGGCUAUUUAUGUCAAUUUUCCCUUUGUUUUAUUAAAGACAUGAAGGCUAUUGAUGUAAAACCUUUUUCUUACAUUUUUGUUCUUAUACAAUAUAUCAUGUAUACUCA